UUUUUUGUUUUGAUCCCUUCUUGAAAUAUAUCCAUGUUAUAUUAAAGAACCGGGUAACCUAGUUUUGAAGCGCUUUAUUUCUUGAGACAGCAGCCGGAUUUUUCAGGUUUGAGCCGUCCGCACGGAGGCAGCUCGCGGACCCGCUUUUGGUAGUCAGGCAUCGGGGCCAAAAUAGUCGCGACUCUUUUGGUAAUGUCUGCGGGGUGAACAACUCCUUUAGAGGGGAGAGGACAGGUUCAGGACGGCGUGUGGGAAAUGUCACCCGGGGGUCACAAAGGAGGGCAAAAUUAUGUAAUGCAGGCUGGGUGAAAGCAAGCUUUACACGCUUUAACUAGUUUGUUUACUAGAAAUUAGAAUAUUAAUCUAAAAUAAAGUCAGCUUCAUUUUCUUCUUCUUUUUUUUUAUUUUAUUUUUUCUUAUCACACCAGCGCGAACAAUUUGAAUACAGUAGGCUAGCUUACAUCAGACUUUAAAUCUUCCAACAAGUAAUGUUUGUUGCCAAAGAAAACAGGAUGAAAUUCAGUGGGAACAGUUUCAUUCAUUCUCAUCCCGCUUCUUCUUCCACUAAGUGGGCGGGUCUUCUGGCAGAAUGCCUGAAUUUGAUUGGUCCGCAAGUGGGCCCCCUGAGCCGAGCCCACAGCACUAGUACUUAUAAAUAAAGUUCAGAUGCAACAGCCAGGAAACAAGGGAGUUUGGGGUCAAAUUAUUCAGAACAUUUUAACCUGACGUUCAUCUGAGACUGAGAGAUGAAGACUCAGCAGCCUCUUCAUGUGGCCACUCCAGUGAGACAGAGCCUCGCCCUGUCUAAGGUGGCAGGGACCUCUGUUUACCUCAAACUGGAUUCCUCACAGCCCACAGGAUCCUUCAAGAUCAGGGGUAUUGGACACCUAUGCAAAACUUGGGCCGAGCGAGGAUGUGAGCGCUUUGUUUGCUGUUCAGGAGGAAACGCUGGGAUGGCGGCAGCUUACUCUGCUCGUCAGCUUGGUGUUCCUGCAACCAUCGUUGUCCCAAGUGUUACUCCGAAUCCAACAGUGGAGAGGCUGAAGGAUGAGGGGGCCACUGUGAUCAUCCAUGGCAAGGCUCUCAAUGAAAGCAUUGAAUAUGGACAGCAGCUUGUGGCAAACAACCCUGGCUGGAUUUUCAUCUCGCCUUUUGAUGACCCUCUCAUCUGGGAAGGCCACACGUCCCUGGUGAAGGAGCUGGAGCUUGACAUGAGGGAGAAGCCAGGAGCGAUCGUGUUGUCUGUGGGAGGUGGGGGUCUGUUGAACGGAGUGGUGGAGGGGCUGCGGCGUGCCGACUGGGCUGAUGUGCCCAUUGUAGCCAUGGAAACCCUGGGAGCACACAGCCUUAAUGCAGCAAUGGAGGCUGGGGAGCUGAUCACUCUCCCUGAAAUCACUAGUGUUGCUACCACGCUGGGUCUGACAAGGGUCUCUGCACAGACUCUGAAGCUGGUGAAUGAGCACACGGUUUUCUCAGCCGUUGUCACGGAUCAGGAGGCUGUGAAAGCUGUGGAGCGCUUUGUAGACGAUGAGAAGGUCCUGGUGGAGCCAGCCUGUGGCGCAGCCCUGGCAGCCGUCUACAGUGACAUUAUCAAAAAGCUGCAGGACGAGGGGAAGCUGGCGAGGAGCCUGGGCCCGGUGGUGAUCGUGGUGUGCGGCGGGAACAACAUCAGCAUGGAGCAGCUGAGGAGGCUGAAAAAACAGCUGGGUGUUAUCUAGCAAGGCUGACCAGCUCGCGUCUUCUUGACCUUGUCCUUUGUUCCUCCAUCAGCUGGUCUCAGACCAUAACUGCCCACCUGAAAAUUAUUCAUGUGCUUUACAGACCGAAUCAUUCCAGACUGUGAAACUCUCCUGAGCACUGGGACUGAAAAUGUGAGAGAGCUGCUGGAGGAAUUUCUUUGUAGCAUAGAAACUAGAGAGAGCUCGUUCAGAAUAACGUCAAAUGUUUAAAGAAAUGUACACUGACAUGUUUAGACGGCAUUUUUAUUGAGG